UCUCUUGGACAGACAAUUAAAACUGUGGUUGUUCUUAUAUUCUUGUUUCAGAUGGACCCUACUAGAAUUUCAAAAGAACAUGCACACUGUGUCAGAACACUUUUUGGGCAUCAAGAAAAUACAGAUUUGCAUGAUACAUCCUUUGAAACUCAAGAAGCAAAGUUAAUGCCAGAAUCAUGUAGAAGCAUGAAACAGGCUCUCCAAAGAGCUGUGCAGAAGGAAAUCCAGCGUGUCAUGGGAAGAGCAUCGCCAAGACCAGAAAAAGCUGCAAUGGAGGCGUUAGGAAUGGAGCUGUACAAGAGAAGCAAACCUGAGAAGCAGCCUUUUGCCCAUCUCAUUAUUGAUGAUAAGAAUAUUCCAUCUGGAACUCGCAAAGUGAACCUCACAUCCUGGCAUCAUGACAAAGGCCAGGCAAACUUAUCAAAUAUGACAUUCAGUGAUGGAAAACUAAUUGUUAAUCAAGAUGGAUAUUACUACCUUUAUGCCAACAUUUGUUUUAGGCAUCAUGAAACUUCAGGAAACCUGACUAAAAGAGGGCUUCAGCUGAUGGUGUAUAUGACUAAGACAAACCUUAAAAUAAGGCGCUCCGAUGUGUUGAUGAAGGGAGGAAGCACCAAAUACUGGUCAGGGAAUUCAGAAUUCCAUUUUUAUUCUGUUAAUGUAGGAGGAUUUUUUAAAUUAAAAUCUGGUGAAAUGAUAACUAUCCAGGUAUCAAACCCAUUGCUACUGGAUUCAUCACAAGAAGCAACUUAUUUUGGGGCAUUUAAAGUGAGGGAUUUAGACUGA